GUCAGGUUGGAGAAGGGAAAGCUUGUAAGGUGACCGCCCCAGGAGAGGCUCAGCUGACGAUGGUAGGGGCCACCAUGCCACGCAAGGCCACCAAUAUCCUGGCUGAAAUCAUUCCUCCUGAGAAUCUAGAAGUGAUUUCUACCCCUCAUGUUCAUCGUAUCAUGCCUCAUGUACAUCAGAAGUUCCUCAGGCUGCACUCAGAAGACAAAGCACUCAAGAUUCUUGAGCUGGUGAAGAGAGAGCAGAAGAGACGUGUACCCAUGAUGGUAUUCUGUAACAUGGCAUCCACUUGUGAUUGGUUAGCUCACAUCCUCACAGAGAAUGGCAUACCAGCCCUCAGACUACACUCUAAAAUGGGUGGCAAGUCUCGUAGUGGAGUAAUGGAAGCAUUCAAAUCAGGUGACGCCCACAUCUUGGUCUGUUCAGAUAUAGCUUCAAGAGGAGUGGAUACAGUUCAGGUCCAGCAUGUGGUGAACUUGGACUUCCCUCCCUUCACGUCUGACUACAUCCAUCGGGCAGGGAGGGUGGGGCGCGUCGGGAGCCAGGGGAGCGGCCAUGUCACCAACUUUGUGGUUCACAAGUGGGAUGUGGAGCUGGUCAAUAAGAUUGAGGACACCUCGGUCAUUAUUCCUAGCCUUCUGGCCGGCCUUAGUUUGAAAGUUGACGGUUACAUUGCUAUACAAGGAGGGGUUCAACAGGUUGAAGUCUACAUGCCCUUGCAAUAUCCCACUUAUGAGCUCAAUAUUUGGGACAGUGACGGUCUUGUACUAAGUGACAAUGUCGGACUCCCCAAACUAACUUUUCAAGUCAACGUUACCGAUGGUGUUGAGAUGUGCCAACAAGAUGAGGACGGUGAAGACCGUGAGAUGCCAGUUACUCUGCAACCUUUCAAGGGUACUCCUCUCAUCAUCUCUGAUCUUCAAAAGAAGAAUGAUAUCAUGUUGGGGAAGAAAAUUCAGGAAAGGCAUUGCCAGGUUGUGAGACUCGCUGGAGGCGCUCCGGGUAUCAGGUUUGUCAAGGGCAAAAAGGUUAAAAAUGGCGAUCUCGAUAAAAAUAUAUCACUGCACAAUGUAUCAAACAAUAUAGUAAAAAAGGUUUCUGUGAAAGACGGAUGCUUAUACCGAAAUAGCAAGAACAUCAAACAAAGUUUACAAAGCAAUCGGCAGAGGAGGGGCACCCUUCAGGCCCUCUGUGUUUCGCCAGGCCACAACCGCUGGGAGAGGAGGGAAGUGAGGCUUAUUUCUAAGCCGUCAUUCAUCGCUAAGAAUCAGACUCCUUUGUCCGGUCCGUUAGAGAUCUUCCUUGUCCUUUGA